GAGUCUGUGAGGAGUAGUUCCGGAGCGCAGUCAUCUGAGCACGCAGUCCUUGCAGAUUUAUCGCAGGCGAUCAUAAAUGUCUUCAUUUUAUUUGAGAAUGAGCUGACAUAGCCGGAUGAUAGCCCUUGUGUGGAGUUGAUUCAUUUCAUUAUUUAGAAAUGAAAAAUGUCUCUAAACUGGCUAAGUCUGCUAAAAUUAUCUGGCAAACUUGCUUUUCUCACAAAAAUCUCUGGGUGACCAACACUUUGACGUGUGGAACCCUCUUUGCUGUUGGUGACGUCAUCCAGCAGCAGGCUGAGCGAGUUCGUGGUGUGCAUGCCUACCAUGACUGGCCACGCACAGGUCGACUAUUUGUUGUGGGGCUCUCACAAGGACCUCCUCAUCACAUAUUCUACCUCUGGCUUGACAAGUUGCUACCCCAGAAGACUGCCAAGACUGUGUUCAAGAAAAUCCUAAUGGAUCAGUUCAUAGCGGCUCCGUUUUUUGCGGUCACUUUCUUCCUGAUGGCCGGGCUGCUGGAGGGCAAAGACCUGCCAAGCGCUUGGCAGGAGUUCAAGACCAAGUUUCCUGCUGUGUACAUGUUUGACUGGAUAAUCUGGCCGCCUUCCCAAGCCAUCAACUUCCUCUACGUGCCGACACAGUACCGCGUGCUCUACGUCAACGCCGUCACCGUGCUGUGGGACGUCUUCCUCUCUCACAUGAAGCACUACGACCAGCAUGUGGGAGCAGUGGUGUAUGAAUCAAGUGAAGUGACUGUUGGUGCAACAUGCAAAGAUGAAGCUCACAACGGCGCACGUGAACAUUCAUGUCACAAGCAACUAUAACACUUCAAAUGUUGUCUACUCGUCAUCAUGACUGAAAAUUCUAUUAGAGUUGUGAUCUCCAUUUUUAUUUUAUUUUAUUUGUUGAGCGACUACACGGGUAAAU